AUGUAUGAUGAAAUAGCGUUCCAAGAGGAAAGAAUUAUGCCACUUUCAGGAAUUUUACUCCUUCUCUCUGAACUCGGACACGCCCAGGUCCCGACGCCACAGCUUUACAGGCAUAGGUCCAGGCCCGAGGUUCAUGGCCUCUUGUCUCUUCGGCUCCCAAUCGGGGUGUGGCAGGGCAAGCUCGUAUCUGUGGACAACACUGGCAAGCAAGACAGUUUGCUCAAGGUAGCUGAUGUUGCGGCCAAUGCAGCCUCUAGCGCCGGCGCUGAAGCUGAUGAAGUAGGGCUGCAGGUCCUUGCCCUUUUCUCCCAGCCACCGCUCGGGGAUGUAGGAUUCGGGCUCGGGGAAGAUUUUGGAAUCACGGUGAGACACCCAGGCGGAAAUAGAUACCGUCGUAUCGGCGGGGAUGAAAUCACCGAGAAUGUUGCAGCCCUCGGGGGGAGUUCGGCGAGGCAGACCAAAGGUAGUAGGCGGGGUGAUGCGGAGAGACUCGUCAAGACAAGCGCGGAGGUAGGGAAGAUGCUUCACCUUGUCGUAGGGUGCAAUCACCUCGUCAGCGUCCAGAACAGCGUCAACUUCCUCACGGAGCUUGGCCAUGCAUUUGGGAUUCUUAAGAAGCCAGAACAUGACGUUAUUCAUGGCAAUAGCGGUAGUGUCUGA